GCCGCGUUUUGGAUUUUCUUCGCUUUUACCGAACACCGAUGAACCCUGCUUGGAACUUCCCUGCUUGGGGCAAAGGAAGGCGGGUUCAACCGGGCUAGUGGAUAAGUCCCAGGUAGAAGUGACCCCUUUGGCUGCGUGAUGCGCGCCCAAAGAACUUGGGAAACGCAGAUGACAGGGGUGCAAUUACUGGACAAUUACUGGACAACAGUAAUUAAGUGUCAUUGGUGACACAUCUCAGUUGAAAGGUGGAGGCACCAGAAGGGACUUCCUGUCUGGUGAAGGAGCAGUCCCAGGUGUCACCUGUAUCCUGUGUUUGACGGGGGAGCGGGACUGACCUGAGGUGAGUGUGGCCCGAAUGCAGUCAGGGACACCUGGCCCAGCAGCCACCUUGGCGUCGCCCAGGUGGAAUCUCCCCGUCAGUUUAGGGCCUGAUUGAACGUUGCCGUGCAUCAUUGUUCUUUCCCCUCAGUAGACAUUAUGCCACAGAAGUAUUUUCUUGCUCCAGUUCUAGUCGAAUCUAACCAGUGUUCUAGAAGAAAAUGUCCUGCCCGGAUGCAGUUCCUUAGAAUUGCGAGAUGCCGCUCAAACUGCUCCUGUGGAGAGCUUUGUCUGCGGCUUGGACCAGGCUGAGGCUUUGGGGGUGAUGUCUGGAUCCUGCCAAGGACCGGAGAAGGAAGUCACGAAGAGAAAACAUCAACACUCCCUAGCCUGUGACACCCUCACUGACCUCCAGAAACUGCGUAGAGAUUUAUAUUCAUGUCGUUACUGUGCCCCGUUGCCUUCUAAGCAAUCAGAUGGUGUAGAAGAAAGCCUGAACCCUUGAAGAGGGACCCUUGCCCUAAUUCUCCUCCAGGACAAUACCCUGUGACUCCUUGAAAGAAUAAGCCAACACAAUGGACUGGGGUACCCUGCACACGUUCAUCGGGGGUGUAAACAAACACUCCACCAGCAUCGGGAAGGUGUGGAUCACCGUCAUCUUCAUUUUUCGCGUCAUGAUCCUCGUGGUCGCCGCUCAAGAGGUGUGGGGUGACGAGCAGGAAGAUUUUGUCUGCAACACGCUGCAGCCAGGGUGCAAAAAUGUGUGCUAUGACCACUUUUUCCCUGUGUCCCACAUCCGGCUGUGGGCCCUGCAGCUCAUCUUCGUGUCCACCCCGGCCCUGCUGGUAGCGAUGCACGUGGCCUACUACAGGCACGAGGCCGCCCGCAAAUUCAGGCGAGGAGACAAGCGAAAUGAAUUCAAAGACCUCGAAGACAUUAAAAAGCAGAAGGUCCGGAUAGAGGGGUCCCUGUGGUGGACGUACACCGGCAGCAUCUUCUUCCGCAUCAUCUUCGAAGCAUCCUUUAUGUACGUCUUUUACUUCCUUUACAACGGGUACCACCUGCCCUGGGUGUUGAAAUGUGGGAUUGACCCUUGCCCCAACCUUGUCGACUGCUUUAUCUCGAGACCUACUGAGAAAACCGUGUUCACCAUUUUUAUGAUUUCCGCAUCUGUGAUUUGCAUGCUGCUUAACGUGGCCGAGCUGUGUUACCUGCUCCUGAAAGUGUGUUUUAGGAGAUCAAAAAGGGCACAGACACAGAGAAAUCACCCCAAUCAUGCCCUAAAAGAGAGUAAGCAAAACGAAAUGAACGAGCUGAUUUCAGAUAGUGGUCAGAAUGCGAUCACAGGCUUUCCAAGCUAAACAUUUCGAAGCACGGUGUAGCCGACUCAUAACAAAAGUGGUGUCUUCUCCUGAAGGCAAUGCCCACCUAAAAAUCCCCUCUAUAGACUGAAGACUUUGUCUUUAUAAAUGGCUUUCAUAAUCCGUAGACACUUGCGUUAACUUUUUCUAGAAUAAUUGGUGCAGUAAUACGCAACGUAGUCGAGUAUGUGGCCCGUCUCUGAAAACUACGACACGAUUGCCACUGUGCCUUGAAGUAACCUUAACACGCUAAAUGGACUGUCUUAGUAGGUGUUUCCCGAAAAUUGUGUAACUGUUGUUGGUAAAGAACAUUUAUCUAGAAAUUGAUACUUUGAUUAGUAAAAGGUAUUUUUAUAGGAUUGGAGGUUUUAGUUCUGACUUUGAAUUCAUAUAAAGUAUUUUUAUAAUGACUGGUCUCUCUUACCUGGAAAAACAAACGAUGCCAGCGUUAGGACGGUGGUGCCACACGUGUCUAAAUUUCGAACUUGUGGAGAGUCUGCCUUGUUGUAAGUAGCGUGUUGUGUGGUCUGCUGACAAAUUUACGAAGGGUCGUGAUACUCUUAGGGUGGACAUCGGUCAUCGCACAACACGUUUUUGUCGCUUUCCGAAUGUAGACAGAGCUGUACGGGGAAGCGGGGCGCUUCUGGAACCCGGCCGAUGUGCGGCCGUGGCGAACGGCCGAAAGCAGAGCGCUCGCCUCAAUAAAGAUCAGCCCGUGGCUUACCCUU